CUUUGAACCUCGCGGAGCUCGCGGCGAGUUCGGAACGAACAUUAAAUCGAUUGAUUAUUAUAUAAACAAGAGUUAUAAUUUAUAGUUAUAAAAAAGUGUUUUUGGUGCUCUCGACAAAUAUGCGCAAUUUUCUGAUCACCUGGUUGUGCCUGGCGCUGCUUUGUGGCCAGCUGGACGGGCGACUGGUGCGCAUUCGACGCAUUCGUCGCCUGGUGGGGGAGGCCAGUGAACGGGAUGCACAGAUUACGGAUUAUCGCGUCUCGCCGCUGGACGAGGAGGGCGUCUUCAAGUUCGCCUUCAGGACGAGCAAUGGCAUCGAUGUGCAGGCCGCGGGCAGCGCACUGGAAACGAUUGGCAUAUUUAGCUAUACCUCGCCGGAGGGUGUGCCCAUCGAGACGCGCUACAUAGCCGACGAGCUGGGCUUCCAUGUGGUCGGCAGACAUCUGCCACAGCCGCCGCCGACGCCCAGCUACAUUCUGCGCUCCUUGGAAUACAUACGCACCCACAACGAGGAUGGCAGCCUGAAGGCGCGCCACUUGUGAACUCGUGCUCACACUCAUCCAGAAGAAGGCUGAUAUUAU